UUUCAGUUUGCUGAAAUUGGAAGGGAUAAACCCUUCGGCUCCUGGUUACGGGCGAGCGGGCGGGUUCCAAUAGGAGGUCUAUGAACAGGGGGAGCAAAUGGCUUGUUAACGGGGAAGGCAAAUUUUUAUUCGGGGGACCGUCGACGGAAACUAGCAGAUUAGCAGGGGCUCAUGAAGAAGAAGUUGAGAUCGAGAUUUCUCAUCAGGCCGAGGGGUCUAUUGCAAAGAAAAGAAAGGCGGAUGGAACGGGGACUAUUGAUGAACGCUCAAAUGUGCCAGACAUGGAGUUUUCUAUUUCAAAAUAUAGAUUAGCGGCGGGUUCUGGUUCCCAGACCCGCCGAGAGCAAUGAGUUGCUUAAGUUAGAACUAUCGAGGGCUUGGCAACCCGGCGACAGUUCAAGAUCUAGUGGACGUGGUCCACUUGAAGAGGCCAGCGGUGGUUUUUCUUAUGGAAACUUUUUCUGAUAAUAAUUGGCAUUGAUCACUAUUUUGCGGUGGCCAAUGUUGGUCACAGAGGUGGGUUGGCUUUAUUUUGGAGGGAGGGUGUGCAGAUCCAAAUCAAUGGGUUCUUAAACCACUUUAUUGACAUGCAAGUUAAUCUGGAAGAUGGAGUGCCUGGUUGCCGAUUUACCGGCUUUUAUGGAUGUCCGGAACGAUCUAGAAGGAGGGAAACUUGGAAUAUUCUUAAAUCCCUAAGUCUGGGAUCUGAUAAACCUUGGCUUGUAAUGGGAGAUUUUAAUGAUAUAAUGUUUGCUUCUCGAAAAGAGAGGUCAUGUUCCUCACCCUCCUUGGCUUUUGAGGGGUUUUCGGGAAACUGUGUGGACGAGUGGUCUGAAGAACUUUUCCUUCAACGGAUAUCAAUUCACCUGGGAACGCUGGAGAGGGUCUCCGAAUUGGGUAGAGGAAAAACUUGCCAGAAUUUUGGUUUCUGAAAGCUAGCAUGACAUUUUUGGUGAAACAGUUGUUGAAUCUCUUGAAAGGGCUCCCACUGACCAUAUGGCACUUCUAAUGAAACUUAUUCCCACACAGAGCUUUCGUAUGAGACACAAUAUUAAGUUCGAGAACGUUUGGCUGAGAGAGACGGAUUGCAGGGAAAUAGUUGCUCGCAGCUGGGGUCUUGGACGUGAUCCGGGGAUUAUGGGUCAAGUGCACUACUAGAAUUUUCCUUAUUUGCUGCUACCCAAUUGGUGCGGUUCUUAUCUAAACCGCAACAAAUAAGUAAAAUUUAUAAGUAUUUGAUGCGGUUCCAUUACGACCACAACAAAUAGUAGCAAAAAUUCAUACUUUUUGUUGCGGUCGUAAACGAACCGCAGCAAAUACUUAUUGUAUUUUGAAUUCCGAUUUUUGGGUAUAGAGAAACCGUUUUGCUGCGGGUAUGGGUAAACCGCACCAAAUACUCUAAAUUUGCCCCGUAUUUGCUGUGGUCAUGUGGAGAACCGCAGCAAAAGGUCAUCGGCCAAACUCAAAUCCCAGAAAACCCUACGGGCCAACCUGUGCAGCCACCGAAUAGGCCAACCUUGGCAAAAGGUAAUUUGCCUACGAACAACCAUCCCCGUCUGUUAUUUCCUACGAAGGAGACGAGAAGCUGCCGAAGUGGUGGUUGAGGUGUACUGCUAUCUGGCCGGAUUCUCUGCUCAUAGCUCACGAAUGAAGGACUAGUCUGAUUAUCUGAAGGAGGAAGUGUUUUUCCGGCUUCCCCCUGCCCCCUGAUACAGCUGUAUUUG